GGGAGUCUUGCUAUGUUGCGCAGGCUGCUCUGGAACUCUUGAACUCAAGCAAUUAUUCCAUCUCAGCCUCCCAAAAUGCUGGGAUUACAGGCGCCAGCCGCUGUGCUGGGGCGGGUUAGGGGUGGGCUGUGUGCGGAGGCGCCGCGGAGGGGGACCCGGUGCUAACGGUGCUAACGUUGCUAAUGCUGCCCGCUCCUCGCCCGCCCGCAGGUGCGCAGGAGGAUGGUGGCGCGGCCCUAGGCCCACGCUCCGCACCAUGACCUGCUGGCUGUGCGUCCUGAGCCUGCCCCUGCUCCUGCUGCCUGCGGCACCGCCCCCGGCUGGAGGCUGCCCGGCCCGCUGCGAGUGCACCGCGCAGACCCGCGCCGUGGCCUGCACUCGCCGCCGCCUGACCGCCGUGCCCGAAGGCAUCCCGGCCGAGACGCGCCUGCUGGAGCUCAGCCGCAACCGCAUCCGCUGCCUGAACCCGGGCGACCUGGCCGCGCUGCCCGCGCUGGAGGAGCUGGACCUGAGCGAGAACGCCAUCGCGCACGUGGAGCCCGGCGCCUUCGCCAACCUGCCGCGCCUGCGCGUCCUGCGUCUCCGUGGCAACCAGCUGAAGCUCAUCCCGCCCGGGGUCUUCACGCGCCUGGACAACCUCACGUUGCUGGACCUGAGCGAGAACAAGCUGGUCAUCCUGCUGGACUACACGUUCCAGGACCUGCACAGCCUGCGCCGGCUGGAGGUGGGUGACAACGACCUGGUGUUCAUCUCGCGCCGCGCCUUCGCGGGGCUGCUGGCCCUGGAGGAGCUGACCCUGGAGCGCUGCAACCUCACGGCUCUGUCCGGGGAGUCGCUGGGCCACCUGCGCGGCCUGGGCGCCCUGCGGCUGCGCCACCUGGCCAUCGCCGCCCUGGAGGACCAGAACUUCCGCAGGCUGCCCGGGCUGCUGCACCUGGAGAUUGACAACUGGCCGCUGCUGGAGGAGGUGGCCGCAGGCAGCCUGCGGGGCCUGAACCUGACGUCGCUGUCAGUCACCCACACCAACAUCACUGCCGUGCCGGCCGCCGCGCUGCGGCACCAGGCGCACCUCACCUGCCUCAAUCUGUCGCACAACCCCAUCAGCACGGUGCCGCGGGGGUCGUUCCGGGACCUGGUCCGCCUGCGCGAGCUGCACCUGGCCGGGGCCCUGCUGGCCGUGGUGGAGCCUCAGGCCUUCCUGGGCCUGCGCCAGAUCCGCCUGCUCAACCUCUCCAACAACCUGCUCUCCACGUUGGAGGAGAGCACCUUCCACUCGGUGAACACGCUGGAGACGCUGCGCGUGGACGGGAACCCCCUGGCCUGCGACUGUCGCCUGCUGUGGAUCGUGCAGCGUCGCAAGACCCUCAACUUCGACGGGCGGCUGCCGGCCUGCGCCACCCCGGCCGAGGUGCGCGGCGACGCGCUGAGAAACCUGCCGGACUCCGUGCUGUUCGAGUACUUCGUGUGCCGCAAACCCAAGAUCCGGGAGCGGCGGCUGCAGCGCGUCAUGGCCACCGCGGGCGAAGACGUCCGCUUCCUCUGCCGCGCCGAGGGCGAGCCGGCGCCCACGGUGGCCUGGGUGACCCCCCAGCACCGGCCAGUGACUGCCACCAGCGCAGGCCGGGCGCACGUGCUCCCCGGGGGGACGCUGGAGAUCCAGGACGCGCGGCCGCAGGACAGCGGCACCUACACGUGCGUGGCCAGCAACGCGGGCGGCAACGACACGUACUUCGCCACGCUGACCGUGCGCCCCGAGCCGGCCGCCAACCGGACCCCGGGCGAGGCCCACAACGAGACGCUGGCGGCCCUGCGCGCGCCGCUGGACCUCACCACCAUCCUGGUGUCCACCGCCAUGGGCUGCAUCACCUUCCUGGGCGUGGUCCUCUUCUGCUUCGUGCUGCUGUUCGUGUGGAGCCGCGGCCGCGGGCAGCACAAGAACAACUUCUCGGUAGAGUACUCCUUCCGCAAGGUGGAUGGGCCGGCCGCCGCGGCAGGCCAGGGCGGCGCGCGCAAGUUCAACAUGAAGAUGAUCUGAGGGGUCCCCAGGGGCGGGCCCUCCCCUCCCACCCCUCGCGGGCCGGCCGCUCGCGUGUCCACCUAUGCAUUUCCCGGAGGGGGCGGGGGUGGCUGCACGGCGGCUCCCCUGGGAGAACUUCCCCUUUUUUUUGUAGACGCCCAACCGCAGGACUGUUUUUCAUCAGCAUGCGUCUUUUUGCAGUUUCUCAAGCGUUUUCUAAAGGUUUCAACCCGUCUUCCUGUCCCUGCUAUGGUGGCUGAGUUGGCGGUGGCGGUGCGGGCUGCAAGGUGGGGUGAUGGGCUCCCAUCUACCAACCUGGAAUGACUGGGGGUGCUGAGAGACCCCAAGAUCCUCAGGGCCCGCAAUUCACACCCAGGAGGCACAAGUCUGCUGCCCCCAAGCCCUGGGCUUCCGCUCCCCCAGCCCUUUACACACAGAUCACACCAGGGAGACGGUGGACACCCAAGACCCACAAAGGGCCCUACAGCCCCAAGGGGAGGGUGCACAGAAAGUCUGCAUUGCUCACACCUGGGCCUCCUGCACCUCACACCCAGAGACACACUCACACCUGGAACCCAAUCACACAGGUGAAACACACCUCACACCCAGCCGACACUAAAACCAGACCCGGGGCGCCAGAGCUGACCACAGGGGCAGGCAGGGCUCUCGUGAGAGCAAAGUUCUCACCUGGGACAGGCACAGCUCACACUUGAGACACAGCUCACACCUGGGAUACAGCUCACACCUGGAACAGGCACAGCUCACACCCAGGACACACAGCUCACACCCAGGUCACAGCUCAUACCCGGGACAGGCACAGCUCACACCCGGGACACAUAGCUCACACCUGGAACACAGCUCACACCCAGAACACAGCUUACACCCGGACACACUCAGUUCACACUGGAACACACAGCUCACACCUGGGACAUGCUCAGCUCACACCUGAGACUUUUCACACCUGGGACAUGCUCAGCUCACACCUGAGACACAGUUCACACCUGGGACAGGCACAGCUCACACCCGGGACACAGUUCACACCCAGGACAGGCACAGCUCAUGCCUGGGACAUAUAGCUCACACCUGGAACACAGCUCACACCCGAGACACAGCGCACACCUGGGACAAGUACAGCUCACACCCAGAACACACAGCUCACAUCCGGGGCACACUCAGUUCACACUGGAACACACAGCUCACACCUGGGACAUGCUCAGCUCACACCUGAGACAUGCUCAGCUCACACCUGAGACACAGGCACAGCUCACACUGGAACACACAGCUCACACCUGGGACACACAGCUUACACCUGGGACAUGCUCAGCUCACACCCGAGACACAGCUCACACCUGGGACAGGCACAGCUCACACCCAGAACACACAGCUCACACCCAGGACACACUCAGCUAACACCCAGGACAUGCUCAGCUCACACCCAGAACACAGAGCUCACACCUGGGACACACACAGCUCACCACACCUGAGACACACACCUCACACCCAGCUGACACUAAAACCAGGCCCUGGGCACCAGAACUGACCACAGAGGCAGGCAGGGCUCUCGUGAGAGCACAGCUCACACCCGGGACAUGCUCAGUUCACACCUGGGACAGGCACAACUCACAACUGAGACACAGCUCACACCUGGGACACACAGCCCACCCCAGCGCCUGCUCAGCUGAGCAUCUCCCAGCCGACCUCAGGGCCUGGGCUCAGGUCUGCUGAGGACCCAGCACACGCAGCGGUUACAGUCAGGGGCCCCCACGCCCUGUCCUCCGUCCUCCCCACAGCCCAGCAGGGCUGUCCGCAAGGAGGAGCCAUUGCCCCAGCCCUCCACCUCCCUCCGCCGCCACUUGCUUCUCAGAACAGUUGGCAAGAGAGGGCCACCCCACAAGGGAGAGGUAGCCACCCUGGCCCCGGCCCAGGACCAUGGCUUCUGGGGUCCUGAGUGUCCCUCUAAAUGGGUCUACUGGAGGGACCUUUGCCUCUAGGUACGCAUUGACCCCUGAGCCAGCCUCAGACAAGCCCUGAGCGUGGCCCCAUCAUGCCCGGCUCUGCUGACUCAUGGCUCAGGUGGGGAACAAGACCAAAGAGCACAGGGGGUUCCCGGGGGGUCCCUGCUAUGUGCAUUGCAGAGGCAGUGACAAGAACAAGGCCGAAACAAGGGCUUCACCCUGCAGGAAGGCCUGGACCUGGGUCCUUGGAAGAAGGUGAUAGAAGAACCUUGGUCUCUGCACCUGCAGUGGUCGGGCAGAUCUAGGACCAAAGCUGGGGUCACAGGCCGACUGCAGCUCAGGUCAAGGAAAAGCUUCCCCGAAGUCACUGCCCUGUUGCUCUACAGAUGGUGAGCUCCCCGUCACGGGGGGUAAACAAGGAGGAGCUGAGGUUUUGCAGAAGGAUUCAGACACUAGACAGGGACCAUAGGGACCAUCUGUGACCUGGCCUCCUCAUAGCCAAUUUUUGCCCCUCCCCCUCCACAUCCUCCAGAGGACAGUUAGGACAUUGCUGGGGGCAGGGACAGGAACCAUUGUUGGGCCAAAACCUCAGUCAGAAAGGGCUUGGCUGCCAACCGAGAGGUUAGGACAGACCCUCCAGGACUUUGCAGGAAGGGCUCAAAAGCAGCUCUGCUGCUGCCCAGCUGUACGAUCUCAGCUGGUGACCGAAGAUCACCUAGACCAUCAGUGUCCUCAUCUGUAAAAUGGGUCUGAGGGUCAAACCUAUUACCCUGUAUUCAGAGGCCAGGCCUGCAGAUGGGCCUGAUGGCUUGACUUGGAUCCUGGAUCCCUCAAGACUGCUCUGAGAUCAGUCAGAGAGAAACAGAGAGAAAGCCGGCUCAGCCCUGGAGGGUGUUUGAGCAAAGGUUUCAGACGGAGCUGCAAGGUGACGCCGGCCCAUUCUCCCUGAGCUGUGGCCGGGAGGGCCCAGGCCUGCACCACGGUGUACAGACGGUCCAGGGGGCUCGACAUGAGUGAGGGUGAAGUUCCUGUAACCCCAACCGCCACCCCUGAAUUGGGCACAACCAAUUAUUUUCUUCGCACCUGCCUGACUCUGCUUACCAUGACAACCCCAAGGGCCUCCCCAAAAUUGAUAUCCAAGUGCCUUUAGCCUAUCAAAGACAGGAGGGGGUGCAUUCUCGGUCAUGUUAGGGUUCACAGAGCAUCCGUAUAUUAGGAUUUCCCAGCCCCCUGAGCUCCCCACCCCAUCCCAACAUGAACCAAGACCCCUCAGUCCCCCACCCCUCAUCCUGCUGUAUUUGGUUCAAAUCCAAUAAAAAUGGAACCGAUUUAAUAACAAA